AUGCAUUUCUCAAUAACAUCUAUACCCUCCAUCCUCCUCCUCGCCACGACAGCUAUCUGCUCGUCCCUAACAAUCACCAUCCCACCGUCCAACCUUCUCCCAAAUCCCAACGUCCUCCCAGCAGGCACACACGCAACCCUCACCUCCCUCCCCUCCUCCUCCCAAGACCAAGCAACCCGCAAUGCCCUCCUGACUGCACCCCUCACCCGCUCCGCAACCUUCGUCUUCCGCAAUCUCCAGCCGUCGACUCCCGCCCAGCCCGCGUCGUACCUGCUCGACAUCCGCUCCGCGGAAUACGUGUUCGCUCCGUAUCGCGUCGACGUCGCGGCUGAUGGUAAGGUGAUGGGCGUGUGGGAGACGUUCCGGGGUAAUCCUUGGGAUAAUCGCGGCGCAGAGAAGUUCAAUGCUGUCGAUGCUGCUGCGAGAAAGGAUGUGACGGUGGAGACGAAGUUGUUGGCCAAGAGGGGGUUUUAUGAGCAGAGGUCGAGCUUCUCGCCGUUGUCGUUGGUCAAGAACCCGAUGAUUCUGCUUGCGCUGGUGGCGCUGGGUUUUAUGUUUGGAAUGCCCAAGCUUAUGGAGAACAUGGACCCCGAAAUGCGCGCCGAAUUCGAAAAGCACUCCCGCUCUUCUCCCAUCACUGGCGGUGCUCGGAGUGCCAUGUCUGGUGGUGGUGGUGGUGGUGGUGGUGGUCCGGGAAACUUUGAUCUUGCCGGAUGGAUGGCCGGAACAGCACCGGGGCCA